AUGAGGUACAGAAUCUUGUGCUCAUUUUCAGAGAAACUGAAUCCCCCGGUCAACGUCUCAAUUUUUCUUGAAAACAGAAGUAUUAAAAUUCACUGGAACCCCCCGCCUACUAUUGGUUCUGCAAGAAACAGGUGCUUUAUGUAUCAAGUGAAAAUUACAGAUCGCAAGCCUGUAAAUGUAUCUGAAGAGAAAUAUGAGUAUCCAUUCCAUAAACCUCCAUACAAAUGUGCAGCACAAGUGAGGGCAAAGAAAGAAAAAUGCAUAACAAACAAGAUUUGGAGUGAAUGGAGUGAACCAGUGUUUAUUGAUGAUGAAAAAACAGUGGAUAUCACAUUGCUUACCCUCACCUUGAUUUGCCUCCUGGUUUUCCUUGGAUGUUUGCUGACAUGCGCAUGUCGAAGGUACAGAUGUCUGGAAGCUCUAACUGUGCCUGUCCCACAGGCUGCAGAUAGUAUCAAAACUUGGUUAGAUGCAGAAGAGACUCACCACCAGUAUUUCUAUCGGUGGAAGGAGCAGGGGGAGGGGAAGAUGGCUGGAAAUUCCAGGGUACAUUUCAUAGUUUCUCAGCCAUUACGGACUCACCCCUAUGCACACGAGCCUGCAGGGUACAUGAAUAAAGUCCAAUCUUUCCUGCCAGUCACACAUAAUCGUUACAUGGUAGCUGAAGGUCUAUCUUUUGCUAGGAAAGAAGAAAACAAACUCUCUGUGUGUUCCCAGGGUCUUCCUGGAAAGGAAGAUGCCAGAGGACUGGAAAUUUCAAAAAGAUAUCAGAAUACUCAGUGA